CUAUGUAAACACCUUAAUCUUAUUUUUCAUACACAAGCAAAACACUCUAAUCUUACUUUUCAUACACAAACAACACUCACAAAAAUACACACUCAUGGCUGCCUUAUUCUGCAUUGUAGUUUUCUUGCUUGCUCCUUUUAUCUCCCACACUGCUGAUCCUGAUCCCUUGCUGGACUUCUGCAUAGCAGACCUCAGCUCGUCUCCCUCGUUUUCCAGUUUUCCUUGCAAGCCUGCCUCAAAUGUGACCUCUGAAGACUUCUUCUUCGACGGGCUGAUGGAGGAGGGCAAUACUUCUACCAUUUUUGGAUCGAAGGUCACACCAGGGAACGUUCUUACAUUCCCCGCCCUAAACAUGCUUGGACUUUCAAUGAACCGGGUUGACCUUGCACCUAAUGGGAUGAACCCACCCCAUUCCCACCCACGAUCAAGCGAGAGUGGAGUGGUGAUCACAGGGAAAGUUCUAGUUGGUUUCGUGACCACAGGGAACGUGUACUACUCGAAGGUGUUGGUUCCAGGACAGAUGUUUGCGAUUCCCAGAGGUUUAGUUCAUUUUCAGAAGAAUGUGGGGGAUAAGAAAGCAGCAAUAAUAACAUCUUUCAACAGCCAGAAUCCUGGUACAGUGAUCAUAUCCACAACUCUAUUUGGCACCCAACCUUCAAUUCCAGAUCAUGUUCUAUCCCAAACUUUCCAAGUUGAUUCAAGUGUUGUCCACAGUAUAGAAUCCAAAUUUGGAUCAUAAAUUUAGUAUGAAGAUCAUGUCAAAAAAAAAAAAAAAAAAACC